AUCAGUGAGUCGUAGUGACGUCACAACCGGAUGCACUCACCGCGAUUGGAGGCCUUCGAUAAAUAUGCUGGUUAUCUAUCGAUGUUAAGUGCGGGAAACUCCGAGUUUUAUGUAUUGUUCAUGAGAGCGUUUUCCAUAAUAGUCCUCUGAUUCGUCUCAUCAAUAGAUGAUUUCUGAUUAAUCCACGCACAAAUUAGGUGAAUCAAAAUGGCUGCGUUUACCAUACUGAGCACACUCCCUUCCGUGACGAGUGUGGUCCUGAUAGUUUCCAGUGUUGCUCUUUGUGCCGCAUAUUACCUCCAUAAAAAAUACUCAUACUGGGCGAAACGAGAUGUGCCCUACGUGAAGCCGGACUCCUGGUUUUUCGGAAACACCAAAGAAAUGAUCUUCCAGCGGGAGAGCACAACUUUCAUGUUUGCGAGGCUUUACAACGAGCUCGCAGGUCAUAAAUUUGGCGGUUACUACCGGAAUCAUAAGCCUUUUCUCGUGCUCCGAGAUCCGGAACUGAUAAGAUUGAUCUUUGUGAAGAACUUCUCGCAUUUCCACGACCGGAACACGCCUGACGAAAGGGAUUUCGAUCCUUUGUCCAAGCAUCUCCUCAACUUAAGAGGACAGAGAUGGAAGAAUGUGCGUUACAAGCUGACCCCGACCUUCAGCUCAGGCAAGCUGAAGGGAAUGCACGAACUGAUGCAGGCCUGCAUCGUGGAGCUGGACGACUACCUCACCAAGGCCACAAGUGGUGACUCCAAGGAUUCGAACGUUCAGGACUUGAGGGAACUCAUGGCCAAGUUCACGACUGACGUCAUCGGUGCUUGCGCUUUCGGCCUCAACUGCAACUCCAUCCGCGACGAGAACUCGGAGUUUCGGCGCAUCGGGAGACUCAUCUUCUCCUUCUCGUGGCGAAGUUAUAUCCGCGCCAUCGUCUUGACUCUCGCCCCCGGGAUAGUAAUGGCUACCAAAUGGAAAAAUGCCCGCCCUGAGAUUGAGAAUUUCUUCAUGUCAGUUCUGAAGGGCGCUGUUGAACACAGAAAAUCCCAUACCGAACAAAAGAGAAACGACUUUUUGCAACUUUUAAUCAAUAUCCAAGCAGAGGAGCGAAAACAGUUGGAGAGCAAUGGCCAACACAAUGGAACCCAAAAUGGCACCCAAAAUGGAAUUCAAAAUGGACUUCAAAAUGGACAUGCUGAGAGUGUAUCAGAAAAAUCCAAAGAUAUUCUGUUCGAUGACUCAGUAGUCGCUUCAAAUGCGUUCAUUUUCUUCAUCGCUGGUUUCGAGACGACCGCCUCGACGCUCAGCUACUGUUUGUACGAGCUGGCUCUUAAUCCGGAUAUCGGUGAAAAAUUGUACGAAGAGGUAGAAUCCGUGAAGCAAGCCCACAACGGCACUCUAGACUACGACGCUGUGAAUAAGGAGCUUGUUUACAUGGAGGCAGUUAUAUCAGAGACGCUGAGAAAGUACCCACCAGCAUCUGUUCUGGGAAGACGUUGCAAUGAGGCGUUCCAAAUUCCGGAUACGAAUGUUGUGAUCGAGGAAGGCGUUGGUGUCACCGUUUCUGUCUACGGUCUCCAUCAUGACCCGCAAUAUUUUCCGGAGCCGGAAAAAUUCAAACCGGAGAGGUUUCUUGGGGAAAAUAAGGACAAAAUUGUGCCCGGAUCGUAUCUGCCUUUCGGCGAUGGACCCAGGAUAUGCAUCGGGAUGCGAUUUGCUCAUUACGAAAUGAAAUCAGUCCUGUCAUACAUCAUCUCUAAUUACACUAUCCACAGAUGCAACAAAACCGUCGUGCCUUUGCAAUAUGAUACUCGAAGUCUCCUUCACACUCCAGUCGGAGGCGUUUGGGUCCAAUUUCAGAAAAGACCUAAAUGAUAAGAAUCUCUGAGUGAACUUGUGAAAUUUGAAGUGAUUUUUCCUUGUUUUGAGUUAUUGUUUUUAUGAAUUAUGUUUUGUAUUAGUAAAAUUUUUAUUUUGUAUUAAAUCUAAGUUUUUUUUAAAUAAAGUGUUAAAAUGUU